CCCUAAAAUAUUGUAAGUUUAAACCCUAAAAUAUUGUAAGUUUAAUUUAUUUCAAUAAUAAUUUAAUAUAAUUUUUAGAGUAAGUCGUACUAACACUGUAUGGACCAAGGUCUGAAAUAAAUGAUUUUUAUUUUAUUUUAUUUUAUUGAUUUAAUAUUUUCAUAGCGAGUGCAGAUUUAUUAACUUUGUUUCGUUAUUUAUAAGAUUUAGUAGUGUUUAGUGCAUAUUGUAUUCAUAAAUAUCGUGCUAAAUUACUAUCCGGAAUCCGGCCGGAUACUAAGCAGCACUAUCCGGAAUCCGGCCGGAUACUACGCACUAUCCGGAAACCGGCCGUAUUGUAAAAAAUUGCCCGGAUACCGAAUAGUAAUUGGAUAUUCGUUGCAUCUCUAAUCUGUUUAUAUUCGUUUCUUAACUUUAUAUUACAUUUUCACAAGCUUAGUUAAAAUUGAGUUUAAGUAACGCAACUUUUACCCUAGUCUUACAUUAUAAUCAUGUUGUUGUUGUCCUAAAGCACCCCAGAGGUGUAAAGGGCCUUCACAAGCUCGCGCCACGCCUUCCUAUCUUCAGCUCGUCUUCUGGCCUCGCUCCAGCUCAACCCGACCGCUCGUAACUCUCUUAGGACGGACCGUUGCCAAGAGUGUACAGGACGCCCCGAGCCUCGGCUUCCGUCCGGUUUCCACGCGAUAGCUAUGGUAGCAUUAUUCGUUUCCCCCCUUCGAAUAAAUCAUGUUAGAUCGGUUAAAAUAAAUAUUAGGGGCAGAGAAACUAAGUUUUUAUCUCCACUUAACAAUGUUUAUUAUCAUGAAAUUAUGUGUAUAUGAUUAUUAACUUAUUAUUUACAGGAUCCGAUAAAAUACUAUGACAAAAUCGCCCCCGAGGCCUCAAAAUACGGCCUCUGCAAAAUAGUUCCCCCUGAAAACUUCAAACCAACAUGCACGAUGAGCGACACGAUCCGCUUCGCGGUCAUAUACCAGUACAUCUCCAAGAUGUUCAGCCGCUGGGGCCCCGUGUCCAGGGAGCUGGCUGCCAUCAAGGCGCACCUGCGGACCCAGAGCGUCGUGUUCGCGCGGUCUCCCCUCUUGGACGGCAGCGAAGUGAACCUCCCCAGGCUAUACCACGCCGUGGAACGCAACGGCGGUCUCAGCAACGUCAUACAACGCAAGCGGUGGGGCCGCGUCGCCGACGAGAUGAAGCUGACCAAGUUGCAGCACCCGGAGCGCAAGCUGGACCCCAUAUACAUGCGAUAUCUGCUGCCCUACGCCACGUUGUCCGAUCAGGAACGCCAAAGUAUAAUGGCGGAAGUGGAAAAAUGCUGGACCACCAAGUACCAGAAGAUGCUAGAACGGGCCCGCAAUCCCUUCCAGCGUCAGAACCGGAUGCUGGGCACCGAGUGCGAGUCGGAAUCUGACGACGAAGGAGAGGAUGGAAACACAGCUGGUGCGCUCCAAGAGGCAGAGGACUGCAUAGUGCAGGGGCGCACAAUGAACCUCGUCACAUUCAAAAAAAUCGCGACGUCGCUCAUGGACGCGCACUUCGACCCGUCCAAGCAGCCGCCGGGCGCCGUCGACGUCGAGAAGGCGUACUGGCGCGCCGUGCUGCUUGGCACCGAGCACAUCGUGGCCAACACGGCGUCCAUAGACACGGGAGAGGAGGGUUAUGGUUUCCCGAAGGACCCGCAGGCCGACUACGGCGCGCACCCCUGGAAUCUCAAGGUCCUGGCGCGGAACCCGAACAACGUGCUCCGCUACCUCGGCCCAGUGCUGGGCGUGACUGUGCCCACGCUCCACCUCAGCAUGCUGUUCAGCACCUCGUGCUGGCACCGCGACCCCCACGGCCUGCCCUGGACCGAGUACAUGCACAGCGGGGCCGAGAAGAUAUGGUGCGUGCACUUGUGUGUGUGUGUGUGUGUGUGUGUGUGUUUUUGUGUGCGUGUGUGUGUGUGUGCGUGCGUGCGUGCGUGCGUGCGUGCGUGCGCGUGGUAAUGUUUAUAGCAAAUAUUAUAAAUAUAUCUAAUUGCUCUAGGUAAGUAUACAAUGGAGAUGCCUCUUUAACUUUGCUCAACCCGUUACCAUCAAGAUGUCGUCUCUUUGACGUCCGCAAUCCAAGUGUACGAGUCUGUACCCCACUCUCUUUAGCUUCCGCUUACCCCUGCCACUUGCUAACUCUAGUAUUGCCAGGGAAGCCAUUAAACAUUACCCAUCACCCUGAUAUUAAACUUAGGUAUUUUAAGAAUGUUGCCAAGUAAAAUUCAUAUUUGCAUACACUAUUUGGUGCAAUUACUAAAAAAUCAUGACAUUCGGCCAUCCUACUUCGUGCAUGACUCCGGCGCACGAAACUCAAUCAAAGGUCGAAAAGAAAAUAGCUGAAAAAGCUCAUUUAGGGAAACUUAUAAAAUAUUUCUUAUCCAGAUAAAUAAAUUUAGGUACAAUUCUUCUAUUCAGCAUGAAAUUCAUCUGUAACUAAAAUCCUUUUUCAGUCUUCUAAUAAUUACAUCAAUAACAUUAAAUGUAUAAACUUUAUUUUAGAUCAAUAUAUUUGAGAUCCCGUAUAUCAUGACAUUCGGUCUUCAGUUGUCCCUUGUUUAUAUUUACUGUCAGUUGCAUAUGUUUCACUCUAUUAGAAUUUUACUUUGAACGUUUAUUCUUGAUCUUAAUUUCAACUUAUUAGAGCUUGAUAUUCUUCUUUUGUCUACUAAUACAUGUAGGCAAUAUUUCGUUGGUUAUUUUCUCAGUGAAAAAUCCUAUUAUCCGAUGUUAGUCUCACAAAUGCUUAACCCGUUUUUUUAUACAGAGAUAUUAUAACUUUGUACAACGAAUAGAUAAUUUGUUCGUUUACAAAUAAAAAAAUGAUAUUUUACGUUUAAGAGUUUUAAAUUUUAAUAUUAUGAACACUUAAUAAUUUUUAUUAUUUCGCUGAAACAUACCUGACAAAUAAAUCAGUAUUUUGUUCCUCUGUCGGAUGUUACUUAUUUAUUAAUUAACGCUGUUACCAUCCCCACUAUGUUCUAUAGGAUCAAUAUAAUAGUUUCUCAUGUACUGAGAUAUUCUGAGUGUGAAUCCAUAUUGGUAUGUGUUCCAGCAUAGAUACCUAAAUAACCAGAUUAAAACAAUUAUCAAAAUUAACAAAUAAAAUCUUUAACAAUGUUUUCAUAAUUUAUAAUUUAUGAUUUCUGAUUGUAACACUACACUAUUCUCAGUUUGUAUGUUAUAGGUUCAAAACCUAUCGGUGUUACUUACUACUUUUUUUUUUUAAUGUGAUUAGCGUAAAACCUUGCUAAGCUGUUGCCGAAUAGCCUCAAACCCGACAGAAACACUUGAUUCAGGUGUUAGUAGCAAAAAUAUAAUUUAUCAUGCACAACUUUACAUUUUUAUUUUUGCAAAUUAUGGAACAUAAUUGCAUGUUCCCCAAUGUUCCAUUAUUUUCUACUUUUCUAAGUGUAUUUGACAACAAAUAUAUCUAAUAAAUUACCUUUUAUUUUUGACGUUUUAUUAUAUUUCAUCUAUUAUAUCAAAAAUAAAUGAACUGGUAGGGUCAAAUGGAAGAUUAUCAACGCACACCUUUUCGAUAUCAUAUCAUACCGAUACCUAUCAUUCGUUACAGCAAUCUUCUAAAAUGGCAGAUUUAUCAAAUCAAUGCAAGCAUUCCAAAAAUGAGUUUUUUUUUUUCUUCCCACUCUUUCAAGCAAGUAUAGCAGAUUUUUCAAAACAAUACAAUCUUUUCUGAUGGUACCAAUCUUAAUGGCGCAAUUUCUGUUUUUAUGCAUACUUAAUUGAUUUAAGCAUCUAGCGGAUAUAAGCAAUUAUAAUAUUGAACUCUGUUGUCAACAUUAAAAUUCACACUUAAAUAAUUUUAUAUGACAUGAUUUUUUUGGCAUACCUACAUAAUGUUAAGUAAUACAUUUCAGUGUAUCAAUUGACAAAUGUAGGUGUUCCAUUGAAUAAAUUUACAAUAGACACAGUGACACGAAAUUCACUUUUUAAAAGAAAAAGUGAAUUAUGCAGAAACGUGAUAAAAACGGAAAGAUUAAAAGCCAGCUUAUACCUAAAAAAUUUUUUUUAUCCUGAUACGAAUCUUUACAAUCGUAACUUUAAAAACGAGAGAGAUAGGAUGAUUUGAAGUGAAGGAUAUUUUACUGAUGUAUAUGUUACCCUAUUGAACUCUCUCUAGAUAUGUUAGAACAGUUGUUAACAACUACUAAUGCUAUCCCAUCACUUGGAUAAGCUGUUCUCUAGACACUGCUUUAAAACCGAUUAACAAAAGUAUCUUUAGACACUGCUGCUCCGAAGCAAAGUAUCUUUAAACACUGGCAUAAAUACGACUAAACGCACAAAGCGUAUUUAAAAGCAAAUCAGUUGCUGGAAUCACACAUAACGAACGUUAUUAUUUCAUGUCUCUUAUCAAAAUCUAGGUAAAACAAUUCAAAAUAUAAAAUUUCUUUAAUAUACUACUGUACAUAAACUUUAUUAUUUCGAGGACUACAUAUUUAAUAUUAGUAUUUAUUUAGAGGUUAUAGCUCUAAACUCCUUCACAGACUCAACCAUUUCUACAAUCUUGCAUCCCUACUGUUUUUAUAACGUAGUUUGUAUAUAACCCUAAAUAUUCUCCCCAUAUUUGUUGUUUGGAGGUCUCCAAACUUUUUUUUUAAACCAUUAGGAGAUUCUUAAAACAACCAGAACUUUAAACUAUGACCUUAAAUAAAAUCAUUGUUUAGUGUUUCUAUAAUAAUAUAUUCAACUAUAAGUUUGAUCUCAACUAGAACCUCACGAUUUGCAAAAAAUUAGGUACUAUUAGUCAAACGUAGCAUAAUACAAGUUUAUAUUUUAAAAUACUUGUUCAUCGCUGACCGAAUUAGCAGCUUUCCUCUACAACGCGGCUCCUUGUCAAACAGACAACACAUUUGAUUAACUGAGCCCUGGAGGAGAUUACAUAAUAUCGUAAAGCCAGAUCUGACAGAUUUUCGUGGCCGCAAAAAUGAUUCCGAUCUGACCCUUGUUCUUGACAAAAUAUGUUUCGAAAAAAAAAAAUGCAUGAAACUUUCAAUUAAAGGGCAAUAGUACAUUAUUGCAGAGGAUGGGAAAGAGUAAUUCGUGGAUGAGUUUCGAUUUCCAAACAUGCAAGGAAAUAAGGUAAAAUAAUCAUAAUUUAAGCAUCAACCAGCACUCAAAUCGAAUCUUCACAUCAAAAACAAUUUCCCUCUUUAAUUAUUAUUAUUUUUAAUUUAAAGGCACAACUAUUCUGCCAUUCAGUACCAUUCAAUAUCAGCACGCAUGAGAUCCUUAAUAAAAAUAAAAGAUUCUUUGAUUUUAUUAAGCAGUAUUCGCACGAUAACUUCCCGUCCGCUAACAACCGACAAUAAUAGUUUGAUUUUUUAUUUAUUUGAGUUUGACCAUAAUGAAAAACUUCCCGUACUAUUUUUGCUACAAUAAGGUGAACAUUUCCGAACAUAUUGGAGAAAAUACAUUUUUAUUCUCAAAUAAUUGACACAUCAGGUAUUUAACGAUACUAUUACCGCAAGAGGGUCAAUCAAGCGCUUUCACUUGAUACUAAACUCGAUCGCACCUUGUCACAAACGAGAUUACCAUUAAUUCAUCAAAACUAGAGUCAACGCGUAUAGCCCUCUCAAUUUUAUAAUUUAUAGUUAUCUGAUAAUCCUGCUAGCUUAACUAUAAUCUUAUCAAAUUAUACAAAGAUCAUAAAAACCUUAUAUACUAAAGCUAUUGCGGAACAGAUUAAAGAAACAUAAUGCAAUAAUAGCCCGCCCGCUGACAGAUAAUUGACAACAUUUCAAAAUUUUCAAUAUCCCUAAAUCGAAAACCAUUUCGAGAGGGGCUCCUGUAGAUUAAAAAAAAAAAAAUUAUAUUUUUUUUUACGAAUUUUUGUAUUCAAAAUCUGUAAAAAUAGUCAAAACGGAAAUUGACGUCACCCAGCUCCUUCAGUUCUGCCACUACAAGCAAAAAAAAUGACUUCCGAUUGGGUUGACAUUGUCAUUGUCAUUGAAAACGGGAUAAAAACCAUCGUUUGACUUGAGUUUUGACGUUUAUGACACUUGUUAAUUUGUGAUUUUAUUUUUAACGUUUUAGGUUAUGUCACUCGCACUGUUGUCUAUGCUCAAGCGUAAAUUAAUUCAACGUUUUUUCCAGUGUAUGAAACAGAUCCGUGACGUCACGAUUCUCACAAAUGACGUUUGUUACAUACGCCCUUUUGUUUCAAGUAACAAUAUAAAUAGAUUUUAUGACCAAAAUAUAGGAC